GGUUAGUGCAGUUUCGAUUCAGUUGGUACCAUCGUCGCCGGCCCGAGGAAGGAUGAACGCGGUGGAUGACGGGAAGAGUGGUGUGGCAGGAUACCAUACGGUACAGACGCCGUCGCCUUCAGCUGGUGAACAAUCGUGCAGUGAUUCAGAGCAGGUUGAGUUGGACGUGGACCUGCCGCCGGCAGUGAAAGAGGAUAUUGCGCUGCGAUAUCGGAACGAACAGAUUCAUGUGAAUGAAGCCCAAACGGAGGUAGAGACUCUGGAGAUACGCGUGUUUCGAGUCCUCGAGAGCGUGUUUUGCUUCCUCAAGCGGACUACGCUGUACGAGGCGCGAAAAGUGUUGAAAUUUGUCAUCAUUUGGCAAGGGGCGCUGUGCACGAUUCGGUUCCUGCCGAUUUUGCUAGGCUAUUCCUUCCGCUCCACCGUUCCAGUCUUCAUCUUGUACCUCACCCUGAUCUUUGGAUGGCACGGCGCGAAUCACUUAGCGUCUCGAUCCCUCCUCUUGUACAAACUGGGCAUGCAGCUGAGCAUCGUCGUGGACGUCCUGUGGUAUGUCCUGGGGUGGAAUGGGUCGCCUUCGUCCACCUACACCGGCGAAGAAGCCGAAGACCUGUCCAAAGAAACCGCGUAUUGGAUUCAUCUGGUGCUGUCGGUGAUCGUGUUCUUAUGCAACAUCACGGGGCUGUUGUACGGGUGGAAGCUGCGUCGCAUUGUCAAGUCUGUCGUGAACCAACGCGAAUGCGAACGCGCGGCUUUUGUCGCCGAGCCCAAAGUCUCCAAACUCGACGUGAACGAACCCGUGGCGAAGCGAUCUGUGACAUUGGGGGCGGCAGACUCGUCGUUCGCGUCCAACACGAUCCACACAAGCAAGUACACGUUCUGGAACUUCUUUUUCGUGUUUUUCAAGAUGCAGUUCAGCCGUCUGGCCAACGUGUACACGAGCAUCGUGGUGGGUCUGUGCUUUUUCAGCUUUUCGCCCGUCGGCCCCGAGGCCAGCCUCAUUCCGCUGCUGAUUGUGUUUACCACGGCGGCAAUCAAAGACGUGUCGGAAGACCUACGUCGGCAUAAAUCCGACUUCAAAGUCAACUCCAAGCCCGUGCGCGUGCUAUGUCGAGACGAGGGCGACGCAACUUUGGACAGGACGUGGAAAGAUGUAGCCGUGGGCGACUUGAUCGUGCUCAAAGCUGGCGACGAAGUGCCCGCGGACUGCCUCAUGCUGGCCACGGACAACAAGAACGGCAUGUGCUACGUCCAGACGGCCAAUUUGGACGGGGAGACCAACAUGAAGAUCCGCCAAGCGCUGACAACCAACACGUUUGCGAAUCCCACCGCCCUCGCGACCCUCCGCGUGUCCGUCUCUUGCGACGCGCCAAACAAGAACAUGUUCGAGUGGAGCGGGUACGUCGACCUGAAUGAAGGUCACAUGUCGGCGUCCAUCGACAACCUGUUGCUUCGAGGGUGCGACCUUGUGAGCUCCGAGUGGACCGUGGCCAUGGUGCUGUACACAGGCUCAGAGACCAAAAUAGCCCUGAACGCGUCGGACGGAGUGAGAAAGAACAAGCGCAGUCUCGUGGAGCGGUCCCUGGACAGCAUGUUUGUGAUUGUGAUGGUGGUGCUGUUUACGAUUUCGCUGUACUGCUCGCUCGGGAACCGGCGGUGGAGCACCACCAACACGACCAUGUCCACGUCCGUGUACCCCGCCUACCUCUACGGCGGGAACGACGGCGCCAAGCGGGGCGACUACAUCUUCCUGAGCUACGUGAUCCUGUUCAACAAUCUCAUUCCGCUGUCCAUGUACGUAACCAUGGAAGGCAUCCGGUUUGUGCACGCGCGGUACAUCGAGAGCGACCUGGCCAUGUACGAUGCUGCGUCGGACAUGCCCGCGGAGGCUCGCAACAGCAACAUCAACGAAGACUUGGGCCAGAUUAAGUACAUCUUUUCCGACAAAACGGGGACCCUCACGCGCAACGAAAUGGUGUUUGCCAAGUGCACCGUCGCGGGCUUGAAGUACAACGACAUGGACUUGGACAAGUCGGCGCGGCGUGGCACCCGCUUCAACGACCCGCGGCUGUUGCAUCGAUUGAACAACAAGCACGGAUCGGCCCACCACAUCCACGAGUUUUUAACCCUCCUCAUGGUAUGUAAUACGGCCAUGCCGCAAAUGGAAACGGACGUCCGGUACCAAGCGUCGUCGCCAGACGAACAGGCGCUGUGCUUGGCGGCGCACGACCUGUCGUACUGCCUCACCAACCGCCGCGGGUCCAAGUGCGAAGUGACGAUUCAAGGGGUUGCAGCCGAGUUUGAGAUUUUGCACGUGGUCGAGUUCACGAGCGACCGCAAGCGCAUGUCUGUGAUCUGCCGCACCCCGUCGGGACGGGUGCACAUCUACUGCAAAGGCGCGGACGACGUCAUCUUCGAUCGGCUCGACCCGGCGCAGCCCCAAGGCGUGCUGCAUGUGACCAAGGGCCACUUGCAGGAUUAUGCGUCACAGGGCCUUCGGACGCUGACCACCGCCAUGCGCGUGAUCCCGCCGGAAGAGUACGCGGCGUGGAAACUCAUGUACGACGACGCCGAAGCGUCGAUGGACAAGGCCAAGUUGGCGGCGGCGGCAGAACUCGUCGAGUGCGGCCUGACGCUGCUGGGGGCGACGGCGAUCGAGGACCUGCUCCAGGAAGGCGUCGGCGAGUGCAUCACGUCGCUGCGGAAGGCGGGUAUCAACUUUUGGGUGCUCACAGGGGACAAGAAGGAGACGGCUAUCAGCGUGGGCAUGUCGUCGGAGGUGAUCCACGACUCGAUGGACGUGAUUGUGCUGGACAGCAACAACAAGGAGCAGCUCACGGACACGCUGGAGGCGCUGUACGCGCAGAUGGUCGAGGACAAGUGGGGCACCAAGAAGGACGACUCGAUCUCGGUGGUCAUCUUCCAAACGCUCAAGCGGGUCUGUGUGCUGUGCAUGAAUCACGUGUUGUCGAUGCUGUCUGGAAAGUAUCGCGAGCAGCCCAAGCAGCUGCAUCGCAAGCGCCGGCGCCCCAGCGACGUCAACAACAUCAACAUGGACGUGUUCCCACAUCACGAUGCCGUAAGUUCCGUGAGCAGCAUGGAUCCGUUUGCCAAGGAGUUUGAACCCGUGGGCGUGCAACCCCCGCCGACAAAUGAAUCGUCCACCCAGGACACGGCGGACGAUGACCUGAUCGAGUACGCGAUGGUCAUCGACGGCAAGACGCUGGCGCUCGUGCUGGACGACGACAUCAAGUACUUGUUCUUGGCCGUGGCACAGCAGUGCAAGUCGGUCGUGUGCUGUCGAUGCUCGCCGUCGCAAAAGGCCGCUGUGGUCCGGUUGGUGACGGAGCCGACGCUGCUGUGGACCCCCGGGAACGUUAGCCUAGCGAUUGGCGACGGCGCGAACGACGUCCCGAUGAUCCAAGCCGCCAGUGUUGGCGUCGGCAUCAGCGGCAAAGAAGGGCGGCAGGCCGUGCUGUCGAGCGACUACUCGUUUGCCCAGUUUCGGUUUCUGAAACGACUGGUGCUCGUGCACGGCAACUACAGCUACAAGCGCGUGUCCAAGCUUCUCCUGUUCUCGUUCAUGAAGAACAUUGCGCUGUCGUUCACGGGGUUCUUCAUGGCGCCGCAGACGCUGUACAGCGGACUGCUCAUGUACUUUAGCAUCUUGUUCACGCUGUACAACGCGCUGUUUUCGACGAUUCCGAUUGUGAUCCUCGCCAUGUACAACCAAGACGUGAGUCCGUCGGCGCUGAUGCAGUACCCGACGCUGUACCACAACGGCUUGGACAACCGGUCGUUCAACAUGUCGAGCUUUCUCGGCUGGUGCGGCCUCGGAAUCUGGCACGCGUACGUCGUGAGCUCGGUGCCGUUUACAUGCGACGGGUACUACUUCAAUUGGUUUUCCGAAGUCGAAGCCGACACGGCAGUGUUCCAUGGCGCGCCCCUCGGGUUGUGGGCGGACGGCGUGGCCUCGUACACGUACUUGAUCGUGGCGUCGACGUUUCAGAUUUCGCUGCUUACGAGCAACUGGACCAUGCCCAACUGUGUGGGUGUGUAUGGGACGCUCGUGUUUUACUUUGCGUUCAUGUGGUUCUUCUGCUCGGCGUACACUCUUUUCGGCGCCGACUUUUUAGAGAUGUACGAAGCGUCCAAUGUGUUCCAGGAGUUGAGUGUGGAGGCGUGGUUCUGGCUGGGUAUGGUCAUGUCUGGCGUCGUGGCGGUCCUGCCCAACUUCAUCCUGCGUGCUGGUCGAGUGCUGUUCUACCCCGAGCCGUCGCAUUUGAUGCGCGAGUGGAACAAAAUGCCUACGGACGACACCACGUACGGCGACGAAACGUCCCACCAAAGUCCGCGGAUCAUUCGAAACCAAACGGGCUUUGCCUUUUCGGAGGGCUCCGCCAUCGAAACGCAAACUGUGUUGCGCUCGGUCUCGCACUAAUGAUUAACACAUUAGAAUAAUAUUAAUAUAUCUAUACUUCAUGCUUUGGGA